AUGCUCCGAAAUCGUCCUACGAGAAAGGCUGUCCGCGACCUUGGCCAGGCGAGGGCCUGGUCGACGCCGCCCACAGCCACUCUUGCGCAGUCAAAGCUGCCCGCGACGCAAAGAACAAAGGCCACUGCUACCACUUCUUCCGCGCCUCAAACUCGCCCUGUGCCCAGCCCCGCCUUCAACUUGAAACCCGAAUCUCGUCGUCAUGUUCAGCCUCUUAUCAACCGAUCGAAACCCGAGAUGGAUGAGUCGUUCAUCGGAAAGACCGGCGGCGAGAUCUUUCAUGAGAUGAUGCUCAGACACGUCGGCUACCCCGGAGGCGCCAUCCUUCCCGUCUUUGAUGCCAUCUACAACUCGAAAUACUUUGAUUUUAUCUUGCCUCGACACGAACAAGGCGCGGGCCACAUGGCACAAGGGUACGCACGUGCCUCCGGAAAACCUGGCGUUGUACUCGUUACAUCGGGUCCAGGAGCGACCAAUGUCAUCACACCCAUGCAAGAUGCUCUCUCAGAUGGCACUCCCAUAGUGGUCUUCACUGGACAGGUCGUAACAAGUGCGAUCGGACUGGACGCGUUUCAAGAGUGCGAUACUGUGGGCAUUAGCAGGAGUGCGUGCAAGUGGAAUUGCAUGGUUACAAGCAUUGCUGACCUCCCGCGCCGAAUUAACGAGGCUUUCGAGAUUGCUACCAGUGGUCGUCCUGGCCCUGUUCUCAUUGACCUCCCUAAGGAUAUUACAGCUGGGAUUCUUCGAAAGGCUAUACCAACACAAACCUGCCUACCCUCUUUUCCAAGCAUCGCUUCUCAGGCUGCCAAACGACUAAUGCAGAAGCAACUUAAUACCUCCCUUGGUCAUGCUGCUGAGCUUAUCAAAGUAGCUAAGCAGCCUAUCAUUUACGCUGGCCAAGGCAUCAUCCAAUCUAAAGAUGGAACUGACCUUCUUCGCGAGCUAGCUGAUAAGUGUUCUAUUCCUGUUACAACAACUCUCCAGGGCCUUGGUGCAUUUGAUGAGCGUGACGAGAAGUCGUUAGGAAUGUUGGGUAUGCAUGGCAUGGCAUAUGCCAAUAUGUCUAUGCAGGAGGCCGAUCUUAUUAUUGCUCUCGGUGCUCGCUUUGAUGACCGUGUUGUCCUCAAUGCUUCAAAAUUUGCUCCUAAUGCUAAAGCUGCAGCAGCUGAGAAGCGAGGCGGCAUUAUUCAUUUUGAUAUAUUGCCUAAGAAUAUCAAUAAGGUCAUUCAAGCAACUGAGGCUAUUGAGGGCGAUGUUGCCACUAACCUCAAGUUGCUUAUACCUAUGCUCACAUCUACAAGCAUGGAGCAACGAAGUGAAUGGUUUAACAAGAUAUCCGCAUGGAAGGCAAAGUGGCCUCUUUCCAACUAUGAGCGCGCAGACUCCCCUGGAGGCAACGGUCUUAUCAAACCCCAGUCCCUAAUUGAGGAGCUGAGCGAUCUCACCUCUAAAAUUGAUAAGAAAACAAUCAUCUCGACCGGAGUGGGCCAGCAUCAAAUGUGGGUAGCACAGCACUACACGUGGAGAGAGCCUCGAUCGUUUGUCACGAGCGGUGGACUAGGCACCAUGGGCUUUGGGCUGCCAAGUGCGAUUGGAAUUGCAGUAGCGAGACCAGACGCCCUCGUUAUUGACAUUGACGGCGAUGCGUCCUUUAACAUGACCCUAACAGAGCUCUCCACCGCUGCUCAAUUUAACAUUGGCGUUAAGGUUAUUGUUCUGAAUAACGAGGAGCAAGGCAUGGUUACUCAAUGGCAGAACCUGUUCUAUGAGGAUCGCUAUGCACAUACCCACCAGCGGAAUCCGGACUUUGUCAAGUUAGCCGACGCAAUGGGUGUGCAGGCGAGGAAGGUCUCCAAGCCAGAGGACGUUCGGGCUAGCCUUGAGUGGCUCAUCAACACAGACGGUCCAGCUCUUCUCGAGGUUAUUACCGAUAAGAAGGUGCCUGUCCUGCCUAUGGUACCAGCAGGUGCUGGCCUCCACGAGUUCUUGGUUUAUGAUAGAGGUAAGCUAUAG